CAGUACUCAGUAGUUUUAUGUUAAUUGUUAAUGUUAAGUGUUAACAUCAAAAGCCCAAAACUUCUGCCAUUCUUCUCUACCUUCAAAGUUCAACGGCUUCAUAAAAAAGAAAAAAAAAACUUCAACUUGAGAGAAAAAAAAGAGAGAGUGAGAUGGAAAAAAGUGAGGAGAAAAACAGUGUAAGUCUUGAAGAUUUGAAGUUAAAAAUGGCGGAUUUUGCUAAAGAAAGAGAUUGGGAUCAAUUUCAUAGCCCAAGAAAUCUCCUUUUAGCUUUGGUUGGGGAAGUAGGAGAAUUGUCUGAGAUAUUUCAGUGGAAAGGGGAGGUGCCAAGAGGAUUACCAGGUUGGAAUGAAGAAGAGAAGCAACAUUUAGGAGAAGAACUAUCUGAUGUGCUACUAUAUCUUGUAAGACUCUCUGAUAUAUGUGGGGUUGAUCUUGGUAAAGCUGCACUUAGGAAGCUUGAACUAAAUGCCCUUAAAUACCCAAUUAACCUCUCUAAGGGAUCUUCUAAGAAGCUUAAUUACAAUGCUGUUGCUAAUCACAGUCUUAAUGAAGCAUAAUCUAUUCUCAUUUGACUCUCACCUUAUCUCAUCUGUCCUUUUUAGCCCAUCUUUUUUUUGCCUUUUUUGACUGACCCCUUCCUUCUUUUCCCUUUUUGGGUGGGUAUUUUAGUAAUUGUGUUUUGUGGUCUGUUUUGAGUAUAGAUUCUACUAUAUGAAUCUUGUGUAAAGUAUAAUACUAUGAUCUAAUUGUAAUUCAGGAUUCCUUUAUUUCUGAUUUA